AUGGAUUUGAUUGAAGUGGAUUAUUCGAGUGCUUUAGAAGAUUUGACAUUUAAUAGUAAGCCUAUAAUCCAUACGUUGACCUAUGUUGCUCAAGAAAAUGAACCUUAUGCCCUGAGCGUCGUGAAUGCGCUUGAAAAGCACAUACAAAAAUGUCCUCCCUCAUCCAAAUUACCGGCUUUAUAUCUUUUGGACUCGAUUUCGAAAAAUAUUGGUUACCCGUACACGUUAUUUUUUGGCCGUCAUCUUUUUACCACCUUCAUGAAUGCCUACACGGUUGUUGAGCCUUCCUUACGAUUGAAAUUGGAUCAGUUAUUAGGUACUUGGAAACAGCGUUCUCCUAAUUCAAGUUCCCCAGAUUCAGUAUUCCCUCCAAAUGUAACUGGGAAAAUUGAAAAUGCCCUCAUAAAAUAUAAAUCUUCAUUUCUGCGUCAUCAAAGUCCCCUUUUAUCUGUGACAACGAAUCCGACAUAUCCCAAUACUAAUGUUCGAAUGCCUUAUGGUUCUACUUAUCCAGGUCCUGUUGACUUAACAGGUUCAGGAGCCCCUACUCCUGUUAACCAGGUUCUUACCCUAGAAAACCUACUUGCCGACGUUGCUCGCAUGAUCAUCACUGAGCAAGCCAGAUGUAUGCAGAAUCCUUUCGAUGGUCUAGCAAAAAAACGUGUUGAAAUACUUUCUCAAUUACAGCAUGUCUUGUCUACCUCCAAUCUCCCUUAUGAACAAUUGCUGGUAAUCAAAAAACAGCUGACAAGCUUGGAAACUCCGAAAUCUUCAUCCCAACCUUCUAUCUCGCCAUAUGUAAACCCUCAACCUGCUAGUGUUUUCCCUGCUAGUCAGACGCCAGAACUAUUACCUCAUGCCUCCCAUAAUCUAGCACCUACAAGCUAUACUUCUACACCUAUCCUUCCACCUCAAUCAGCAUACCCAUAUCGUGGCCCGGUAUCAAAUACUUCUCCUCCACCACCUGCUUCUGUCGGUGCUGGCAAUCCGGCCAAUAAUUUAACCCGAGAAGAAUCCGAGAGUAUUAACUCUUUAUUCGCCAAUUUGCAAGCAGCAGGUUUAGUAUCACCAAAAAAUUCACCUCCUCCGGUUUUUAACGGCCCGUCCAGUUUUACGUCUCCUAUUUCCGAAAUUGACUUAUCAAAACCUUCUUUAUCUACUCCUCAUCCUGAAUUAGCUACUUUAUUAUAUAAUUCUUACCCCAAUCAAUGUGCGAAUUGCGGACGCAGAUAUGCCAAUGAUCCUGAAAGCAGAAAAGAACUGGAUCAGCAUUUCGAUUGGCAUUUUAGAAUCAACAAACGAAUUCGUGAAAGUAGUCUGCACGGCAUCAACAGGUGUUGGUUUAUAACUGAAGAAGAAUGGAUUCAAAAUGAUGAGAAAGAGGAUUUGGUAACAGAAACUGCGGCCGAACUGGAAGAACAAAAACAAAAGCAGCUCGAGUCCAUACGUUCGCAGUAUGUAUUGACACCACUUGACCCGAUAGUUGCUUCUCAACCUUGUCCUGUUUGCCAAGAAAAGUUCCGUAGUGUCUGGCAUGAAGAGGCUGAAAUGUGGGUUUAUAUGAACGCGGUCGAAAAAGAAGGUCGAAUUUGCCAUGCCACAUGCUUACAAGAAUUGGAACAGACAAAGAAUUCAAAGGAUUCUAGUUCAACAACUACUUCGCAUGUACAGCCAUCAUCUGACAAUUUUGUAAAAUCGACUACGAAUGGCGCUCCUCCACAAGCAGAUGUGCAAAGUCUUCUACAAGGUAUUGAUGUCCAAGGAAUACUACAAGCAAUUGGUAAACGAAAGGAAAGAGACGAAUCGGUUGAUACGACACCACCCAAAGCAGUAAAGCAGGAACAGAAUGAAUAG